AUGCUGGCAGACAAUAUUCGCCACCAGCAGCGUGGCUAUGCACGACCCUCUUCUGGCAUUCUCGCAACGGGCAGAUGUGAGAGUGGACGUGCAAAGGUGUCGUUAGAGACGAAGAAUAGGGUGAGGAGAAUGGGAGGUGGAAAGUUGGGGUCAGCGAUGCAGUGGUGUGAGAGGCAGUAUGAACUUGCGCGUGCCCUCAACCUACUUCUUUCUGGAGGUCGCUAA